GCAUGGAUUGCAUCAUCUUACUCUUGCCUUCUCAUGCCUGCUUCUAUUGACUCCCUCCCUCUGGACAUUCUGGUCCAGAUCCUAUGCAAAUUGAACCACGAUGAACUCAAGCCAUCGCUCGUCGUCUCCAAAUCCUUCCACAAUGCCGCUCUCAUGGCUCAACAGUUGCACUUCGACUUCUCCACCCCAGCACCGAAGAAGGCAACAAUGGCCUUUGCCGAUAUGAAGGACAUGGAUAUGACACCAGGAGCCCCCUCGCUGAAACUGGGAUCCAGAAAGCCAAGAACAUCUAAGUUGUCUGAAGAAGAGACGAGGAAGAUUGCAGUAGUGCUCUUUCCAGUGGCAGACUGCAAGAGGGGGCUAUUUCCUAAACCCGAAUGGAGGUCCUGUGGUGCUGCGCCUCGCUACAAGCAAUCUGUUGUUCCUUUGCCCAAUGCACAUGCUUAA